AUGCGCUCUAGUAUGAGCCGCCGCCGCCGAGCCGCCCAGCAACCGAGCCGCCGGGCCACCGAGCCGCCCAGCAACCGAGCCGCCGAGCCGCCCAGCAGCCGAGCAGCCGAGCCGCCCAGCAGCAGAGCCGCCAAGCCGCCUAGCAGCCGAGCAGCUCAGCCGCCGGGCCGCCGAGCCGCCAAGCAGCAGAGCCGCCGAGCCGCCCAGCAGCCGAGCAGCCGAGCCGCCGAGCCGCCCAGCAGCCGAGCCCCCGAGCCGCCCUGCAGCCAAGCCGCCCGCACCGCCGAGUCACCCGAGCCGCCCUGUCUGGUAAAUGACCAGCAGCUUUUCUUACAGUACGAUAGGGCAGACGGCCUCUCCCUCUUUGACCUCACUUCUGGUGCCUCUCCUGCCCCCGCUGCUGAUGCUGACGCCACUGUUCGCUCACAGUGGGCCACGCGCGAUGCCGCUGCACGUCUUGCUGUGUGUCGCCACCUGCCUACCUCUGAGCGUGCGCACUUUAGCCAGUACAAGAGUGCUCAGACCUUGUACGACGCUGUAGUUGCGCGCUACUCCUCCCCUGCCACUGCCGCACUGAGCCGCCUCGUGCUACCGUACCUCUUCCCUGACCUUGCUGCCUUUCCCACAGUCACUGACCUCAUUACGCACCUCCGCACUAGUGACACUCGCUACCGCGCUGUGCUUCCUGCUGAACUCUGCGCCAAGAACCCCCCCCCCAUAUACAUCACCCUCUACUACAUAGUCGCCCGUCUCCCUGACUCCCUCCGAGUAUUCAAGGACCACUUUCUCUCUGUUUGCCCCACCACUCUCACCGUUGACCUCCUCGAGAAGGCCCUCCUAGAAGCAGAGAAGAGCAUAGUCGCUGUAGGAGGCUCUCGUGGUGACCCCCGCACCCCCGUCUUUGAGGGGUGUUCUCCCUCCCUCCUCUUGCCCUCUGUUGCUUCUGCUGCUGCGGCCGACCUCGUUGGUUUCGAGUCGGUCGGCGCUGCGUCUGCCCCUUCGGGGAAGCACUGCACAGGCAAGGGCAAGGGGGGCAAGGGCGCUGGAGGAGCUGGCGGGGGUGGUGGAGGUGGCGGUGGAGCCGGCGGAGGGGGUGGGGUGGCAUGA